CGAAAUAAUGGUGAUUAACUUUACACAUCAUGUAGCAUGUCCACACUUAGAUUUUAAAACAGUUAAUCGUUUGUUAGCAAUACAACACGUGAUCUGAUAUGUAAAUAUGCAACAGGAUUGUCGCGAAUGCUGUUUGAUUUCUCAGUAUAUGGAAAUGCAGUGGGUGAAAGUCUAAGUAUAUGUUAAACAAAGGUUCACUCUGUAUAACGCAACCCUGUGCAUUUCUAGUUUGAGUACUGAUGAUGAUUUAUAGCCUAAAUACGAAGAGAAGAUUGUACAACUAUAUUGCGUAUAAAAUGUGUCUUCGAAUGAAUACAUUUAUGGAAGAAUAUGCGUGCAUUCUUUUCCAUUUAGAUGGAAAAUGUCAUAUUUUGACAAUUAUAACAAAGAAUUUGAAUAUGAACACAGCCCUUUAUUCAUGAACCUUGAUGUCUGAAGAACUUUGUCUGUAAUGUGAACUCUGACCAUUGUAAUAUGAACUUUGUCCUCUGUAAUAUAAACUCUCGUUCACUGAUAGCACUUUGAUAAUAUCUGUAUAAUUCGACAAAACAGUGGGUUUUUUAAAAAGUGUUUGACAGCAAUACAAAUUGGGUGUGGUAUACAGAUUUUAACUUUGAUAUGUUUCUCAUGAUCUUGGAGCCCGGCAAUAAAACUGUGUUUAUAACCAAAGAAUAUGUGUGUACAUUGAAGAGCUACCGUUGCCAAGAUACAAACACAGAUUCUCUGAUAAUAGCUGAUAGUAAACACUCACGCAACCUAUUUGUAGCAUGAAGAAAGGUGAAGAUAACGAACAGUGGUCAAUCUCAUAACUCCUAUAAGCAAUACAAAAUAGAGAGUUUGGCAAACAUGGAACCCUGGAUAUACCAGAGGUGGGAUCAGGUGCCUAGGAGAAGUAAACAGCCCCUGUCGACCGGUCACACCACCCUAUAUCUUAAUCAGAUGGGCAUGUUGUUUUGAGGAUCGUCCAUUUUGAGAAUUCAAUGUAGUCAUGGAUAUCGAUACUUGCACAUAUGACGAAAAAGAGGAGCUUCCGCUUCCAGAGUUUUACCGGAAGUACAAGGACAAGUUUCCGAUGACAGCCAUCGUUGUUGGCGGUCACUACGGACCUACCAAGUGGGACGAUCUCCCUAGUGACCUGGUAAUGAGGAUCGAUAGAGAAUUCAAACAACAGAGGGUUUUAGCAAAGGACCCCAGGGCUUACAGAGAUCAGUACAUUAGUAUACCCGUGAACGGACCAUACAUGUUCAACAUUGUCAAAUCCAUCAACGAAAAAAGUAAAGAUCAAAGCAUGGUGGAAAUUUUAGAGCAGCACCCUCUUCCAAUUCUCGUUCAGUUCUCUGCCAGAUACGAUGUUCCACGAGAAGGGCGAGGAGGACCGGAUGGAGGGGCGAUCAGUCUCCUUAUAGAGUACCGUUACGAGGAAAUUUACCUUCAAGGAAACUUCUAUUCCCAAGGUGUCAUCGCCAGAGAAAGUGCAUCCGUAACGCUGUGUCCUCUCAUUUCCAUGGCGCCGAUCCAUGGAGUAAAGGACAAGACAAAGAAGGAAUAUCAACAGUACUUACAGCGCAUGACAGACUUUGUCAAUAGGGAGAGUCAAUUCUCUGAGAAGACGUGUAACUUAGGUGUAAAGAAGUUGGAUGCCUCCGAUCCCGACAUCUCUCACAUUGUAAAAUCAGAAACCGUCGUAGACAGUGGACCCGCCCCCGCACUUCCCAAGAGAAAAGCAUCACUUGAUCUGAAAGCCCAGCCCGUCAAAUCAAGUCAUAACAAGUCUACGGCAUUGGAAGUUGGACACGCCCCACGUCUUCCUGAUCGACAAAGCGCACCGCAACAUUCAAAAUCUGGAAUUGUGAAGACAAGCAAAAUACCUCCCAAACCAAUGCCUAAACCCAUCGUUUCAACGAAAGAAGCAAGUGAUGAUUCUGAUGGUGAAAUAUAUGGCGGAGACUAUGAAGUGAUUGAUGAUGAUAAACCAUUAGAGCCUCCAAAUAAACUUAAUAAAAGCACGACUGGUUACGCAAACGAUAUUCUAUGCCAAGUACGACCGUUUUCAGAUCGUAAAACACAAGACAUAAGCGAGGAGAGUGAUGAGUAUGAAGAAAUGGAGGAAAAGAUCGCCGAUCCAAAGUUUGAAGGACACAGUAAAAUAGAUAAAGAAACACAGAAUAGGGAAGCGAAAAUUCUCCAGACACAAGCUGACGAUUUAUACUCCACAGCGGCAACCAUUGACAUCAUAAAAACGCCUGAAGAGACAGGGAAUGAAGUCUGCACUGCUCAAGCGGAGGGCAUUGUUAAAUCAUGCUAUGUCUCUGGAAAGAGUAUUAAAGAGCUAGGGGAGAUUUUGGAGAAACUCAGGCUUGGGAAAUACUUGGAGAAAUUUGCUGAGGACUUGAUAGACGGUGAAAUUGUCCAGGAUCUUACUGCAGAUGACCUAAAAAGUGAUUAUCAAUUUACAAAAACGGAAGCCAUCAGACUUAGGAAAUACAUCGAGCAAGGUCACAUUCCGCAAUAAACAUAUCUUUUUUCUCUGUGUUUUGAAGAGAAAAAACAUGAUAGAAAUACUUUAAGUUUUCUUUGACAUAGAAUUACAUGCAUUCAAUUAAUCUUUAUUUUCUUCCUUUACUGAUUGAUUUAUACUUUAUGUUCAGUAGUCAUUCACGCUUGUAUUACAUCUUUCAGACUUUGUGAACAUCUUGAUGACGUUUUCUUUUAGAUGAUUAUUGCAGGCAUAUAUUUAGAUUUGAUAUUUAAAAGUGUUUGUAUGCUUAAUCAAUGACUAUGAUGUUUAUCUACAUAGAGGCGAUAUGAGCAAAUGUUGCUGUGUAACCAUUUCCGGUGAUAUAUGUAUUAAAGCGAUUUUAUGAAACCAUUUUCUCAAUGAAAAAAUACACCCUAUUUCUGUAUACCAGUAUUGUCCAUUUUUGCGUUUGUUGAAUUUCAACAUUCAUAAAUAGAUGCAAUUGAUCCACAUUGUCUUAUUUUGUAACAUUGAAAUGAUUAUUGUAUUUGAUAAAGAUUCUAUGCAUCUAAAUUUGCAUUAAGACGUCCGAUAGAUUGCCAAUGGUAAUUCUCUGUGGCAACGUUACGACAUUUGAUCAGGAGUACACUAUGAUAAAAGAUUGCCAAACUGAUCUACAUUUCAAACACAAAUUAGUCUUGUUUGUAACGUUCAAGUCAAAAGUUGUAAUUUUCAAUGCACUUUUUUCGUUUUUGAAAUAAACUACAAAUAUCAA